AUGUGCAGACUGGACCAUGGUAGACAGCUGGACAGCAAAAUACUGAAGAAGCAGUGCAACUCUGCAAAGAAGUUAGCAGAAGAAAGUAAGAGUUGCACAUCCAAAGCCACGUCAGCAGAAACUGAAGAAGAGGAACAGGGGGCUUCUGGUGAAGCAAGUAUGCAAAAUAACUCAAGGAAUGAGACCAAAAGAAAAAGAUCAAUGAAAAAUGACAAAGCUACCUGUCCGAAAAAGAUGCCUCAGUGUUGUAGCGGUAUGAAACCUCAGAAGAUGCAGAUUCCUCCACUCCCUUCUAUUCUCCCACCGGCCAACCUGAUUCACAGAGACGUUCUUCGGGCUUGGUGCCAGCAAUUAAAAUUGAGCACCAAAGGCCGGAAACUGGAUGGAUAUAAACGACUCUGUGAACAUGCUUACCCUAAUCAAAAAGACUUCCCUGCCACAGCAGAGGAAGCCAGGAUCCUAUCACCAUCAAGAAGAAAAUUAAUGAUGGACAGGGGGGAGCUACCGCUGGAGGCUUCUGAUAAAAAGAUGUCUUCUGGAGGUGGUGCUCCUGCUGAGGUGGGGGCACCUGCCCUUGAAGGAGCUGCUGCUCAUGAGGGAGUUGUAUCAACUUCUGACACAGAAGCUGUGUUUGCUUCCUGGAGUAGGAUUGUGUCGGAGGCCGGGAGGGUGGAAGCAGUGGAAUCACGAGAGACUUGUGAGGUCAAGUGGUGCGUAGUCCAUGGGCGAAGUCUCCCUGGUAACACAGAGGGCUGGGUUCAUUUACAGUUUCAUGCUGGGCAAGCCUGGGUUCCUGAGAAGCGAAGGAGGGUAUCUGCACUCUUUUUGCUACCUGCCAACACGUUCCCACCUCCUUACCUGGAGGAUAAUAUGCUGUGCCCUGAAUGUGUUCAAAGGAAUAAAGUAUUAACGAAAAGCCUGCAGUGA